CAGCCCCAGCCUUGCUCUGCCCUGCUCUGCCUGCUCCAGCUGGAAAGGCUCACACCAGGUCCUUUCAACAGAUAAUAACUUGGCACAUAUUUUCCAGACACAGUCAACAUCGACUUCCUCUCAAUGAAGAGGUGUUUGGCUACAACUUCUCAGCUUGCAAAGCUUCUCUUCUGUUUACUUUGUAUCCUGCCCUGUUUAUUAAAACUCUUUUACAGUCUGACAGAGGUGACUGGAUCGAACAAAAAGUGGUUAGUGGAACCUUUCUGGAGCACCUCACAAUUUGUGCGUAACACAAAAUACCCCAAAUACACAAGCUUAAAAUUUGAAAUAAAUUGUGCAGCCAUUUACGACCAUGAUCCAGUGGAAGUGGGGAAGACUUUAGAAAUCCGAAAUAAUGAUAUAGUUGAUCUUGAAGAUGAAGAUGUGGCAUCGAUGGUAUUGAACUGUGAUCAAUACCUUCACCUCAGGGGGUACCACUCGGAUCCAAUUUCGGAGGAGGAACUUGGGUACCCCUUGGCAUUUUCUCUAGUUGUUCAUAAAAAUGCUAUAAUGGUAGAACGAGUCUUACGAGCAAUAUACAUGCCUCAGAAUUUAUACUGCAUUCAUUAUGACCAGAAAUCCUCCAGCUCAUUUAAAUCUGCCAUGGAGAAGCUGGCCAGCUGCUUCCCUAAUGUUUUCAUCGCAUCAAAGUUGGAAUUGGUACACUAUGCCCAUAUCUCCAGACUGCAAGCGGACCUCAAUUGCCUCUCUGAUCUUCUCAGGUCCUCAAUCCAAUGGAAGUAUAUUAUCAACCUGUGCGGCCAAGAUUUUCCUUUGCGGUCCAACUACGAACUGGUAUCCGAGUUGAAGAUGCUCAAUGGAGCUAACAUGCUGGAGUCCGUUCAUCCCAGUGACAGCAAGAAGGAACGAUUCGCAUAUCACUAUGAGCUCCAAAAUGUGCCUUUUGAGUAUGGAAUGGUACCUGUCAUGUCCAACCUUCAAAAGGACGCUGCCCCUCACAACAUUGAGGUGUUUUCAGGUAGUGCCUACUUUGUCUUGAGUCGUGAGUUUGUUCUGUACAUUAACAACAGCUUGGUAGCCAAAGAUUUUCUUGCCUGGUCCUCAGAUACCUAUUCGCCCGAUGAACACUUCUGGGCCAGUAUGGUUCGUGUGCCUGGGGUCCCAGGUGAGCUGCCUCGGUCUGCGCGAGAGGUGAGCGAUCUAGAGAGUAAGGUGCGAUUGGUGAAGUGGAGCUAUCUGGAAGAGCAGUUGUACCCACCAUGCACAGGCACUCGACGCCGAAGCACCUGCAUCUACGGUGCGGCUGAGCUAAGAUGGCUACUCAACUCCAGGCACUGGUUUGCCAAUAAAUUUGACUCUAAGGUGGACCCUGUAUUGAUAAAAUGUUUGGAAAUGAAGCUUCGUGAGCGCCAAAGAAACAUGGUGGAAGCCAGCUCUCAAACACUCUAUGUUAAGAAUGUCUCAGGAAACAUUUAGGGUUGAAGUUAUGUAGCUUUCUGCUUGUCAAAAUCACAGUCAGCUAUAUGCACACUCACAGGGCUGAAAGGCGAACACGAGAUUAAAUUAUUGUAUGGCUGUUUCGUACCUUUCAGUAGAAAGCAGCGGACAGAAAGUAAUGUGGAUCAAGCAUAUUUGGUAGAUAAUACAAUAAGACAAGUUGACAUCAGCUGCCGAAAUAUUUGACAUUAUUUUUAUUACAUUGGUGGGGCUGGCCCCCAUCAGAGGUUUCGGAUAAGUUCAUGAUUGAGGCAAUUCUACAUGUCCUGGGCAAGGAACAGACUUUUUUUUACUAUGUCCACACAAUUUUCUUAUAGAAGGCCAGAACUGAGCUGCAAUACACUAGGCCGGUGCACACUGUAAUGCUAUAAUAGGUGAAUUACUGAAGCAAGUUAUUCAAAACCUUAAGUAAAGUCAUUCAAGUUAAAGGUUAGAGGACAGAUAUGUCUAGCAGAAUUAUCAAAGGGUGUUUUCGUCAGUGGGGACGCAAACAUUGAUUUUCAAUAUAAUAAUGUUGGCAAUGUACAAAGUACCAAUGACAGAUGAAGCUACCAAGCUACCUUGAAGCAAGCAUGAAGUAAUAUGGACUAAUAGUUAUUUUAUAGAAUGCUUUUAAAUAAUUUACAACUUCAGGAAUAUGAUCUGCUGCAGUUUUGCCAGUUUAAAAAGGCCUGAGGUAAGAUGCCAGUGUGGGAUUUCAGCAAUUAAGUAAUUUGCAGUGUGUAUCUGACCUUUAUCUUUUAUCAUAGUAAUGUUAUGUCGUCUCAGAACUUGGGAAUGUUACAUGUUAAACCAGUUUGUAUCAACAAAGUCCAUGCCAUUGGAGGGUACAACGGACCUCAGCCUAUAUUAAAGGAAUAGUGUAGAUCUCAGAAGUCAGAAUUCCCACUGGUUCUAAAUGAAGAUUAUUUUCUUAAUAUUUUAGAAAAAAUUCAGUCUUAAUUUUGAAGCUGUUUCGCCGUAGGUUAUUUUAAGAAAGGCUCCCAAAUUAAGACUGAUUUAACAUUUGCCAUAAUUGCAAGCUCUGAAAUGUUAAAAAAAAAUCUGUCGAGAAAGAGGUGGAAUUUCUACCCCCAGAACUAGGGAGCAGCAAUGUUAUAAUUAUGUUACAUCAAUUUGCAUGUAAAGGAAAUAAAAAUAUCACAGGCUUCAAUGCAUAGCCUUCGGUUUAUAUCCUAUCACUUUAUUUCCACUGAUUUGGGAGUCGGUGACUAGAGGGCACAAUUUUAAGAUCAUUAUCAUAAAGAAAUCAAAGGAAGAAAUUAGGCAGAGUUUAGGAAAAAUAAUUUUACUUAAAGGCUAAUUAGGAAAUGGAAUUCCCUACCAAAAAUAGUGACUGAAAAGGGAAUUGGACAAAUAUUUGAAUCUGAAUAACGGAAACAGUAAGGCACUGGGGAGUGGGAUUAAAUGUAUAGCUCUUGGAGAUAGCCAUCAAAUGCACCUUAUGGAGUCGAAAUUCCGUGCUUUACAUUGGAAUUGUGAUUUUAGAUUGGUAUUGAAUUUGGAUUGAACAGUAUUGUGUUGUAUUACUUUUACCUUUGCACUUACCUUCAUCUGUUCAAGCUGCCUUGCAUUCAUAAUUGACAUGUUAAAUAAAUUGCCACCAUUCACCUGUU